CAGGAUAGAGAAUUUAGAAGUGGGUGUUCUCUGAAUCCCAGGUGCCCCACGCUUGAACUUAAGAGGUAAGAUUUAUGGAGCAACUGUGGUAAGCUUUUCCAUUUACAGUGUUUGCACAUACGCUAUCAUUUAAUCCUCACAUGAAGCCUGCAAAAGAACAUAUUAUUAUCCUCAAUGUACAGUGGAGGGAACUCAGGCCCAGAGUCAACUUAGGGUCCACCAUUGCUCAGUGGGGGAACUGGUUCUGACCUCAGUCUCUCCUCACAAUACCCAGGCUUCAUCUUACUACAACCUGGCCUUACAGGGAAGGGAAAUGUAGCAACGUGUCACUGCUACCGAAUCCCCCAAAUCCUCUUCAUCCAGUCCCUCUCUCCUCAGAUGCUGCCCUCUGGGGCAAAGGGCACAGGGGAGGGGGACUUAGUAGGUUAAUUAUUAACCCUUUGCGCCUCAGGCACUGCGGCUUCUCUCCCCUCCUGGAGGCAAAGGGACAAGGCCUGGCGAGGGGCUGGUGAGGGGGCGGUGGUCCCUGCAGUAGCCAUGCGGGUCGCACUGCCUCAGCCGGUCCCUCGGCGCUGGUUGCGCAGUGCGAUUCCUCUUGCUGUCUUCACACUACUGCUUGUUUAUCUCUGGGCUCGGAGCCUCCGUGCCCUCUCAGGCUGCAGAUCUGGGGCCCAGUCCUGCAUUGCCAGGGAACCGCCUCCUUUCCAGGUCCGGCAACAGUCGGGACCCUUGGAGGCUCCGGAACGGAAAGAGCCUCAGUGUCUGGGCCCUCAGGGGAUGCUGGGCCGCAUGAUGAGGCCGUUCCGCGCCAGUCUGAACCCGGAAAGGGAUGUGGAGUUGUCGCAGUACCUGGCAGGAUGGAGGGAGCUAGUCCGGUUCCUAACUCCCCUCGGCUCCAUCUUCGCCUUCGCCACAAGCGAGGCCUCCGCCAAAGUGACAGCCCUCGAGGCUCUGGUGCACGGCCCAGAGGCGGCGCACUACACGUCGCUGGCGACCAUGGUGGCGUGGGAGCGGCCCGGGAUCGCCCCACGACUCUCUGCCGGGUGCCCGGGCUCACUGACGAUGCUCUUGCUGCACCGUGCGCUACGAUGGUCCCAGCUCUGCCUCCACCGGGUGGCGACCGGGAUGCUCGGAGGCCCGGACGCUGGCGCUCAGUGCAGCGACGCCUACGGCACGGCCCUGGCUCCGCACCACCCCUGGUUCGUCCGUCAGGCCGCCCACCUCGCAUUCCUCGCCUUCCCGGGUCGCGGCCGCUUGCUCGAGCUGGCGUGUCCGGGUUCCAAAGAGGCGGAGGCGCGGAACGCGCUGGUGCGGGCCGCGGGCACCCUAGAGGAAGUCUACAACCGUACUCAGGGAUUGUUGGCCGAAGGCGGCCUGCUCGAGCUGGCCUGA